AUGCCGCCGCGAGCGAUCAAGACGACGCGGUCCGCGUCGAACGAUGGGUCGUCGAAAUCUCCGCGAUCACCCGCGAUCACGCCGAGAACGGCGCGGGCGAACCGAGUGAAGAGUCGCGAGGCGAGAAAAGCGCCGCCGCCGCCGAAAGAGGAGAGCGAGAGCGAGGGCGAGGGCGAGAGCGAGAGCGAGAGCGAGAGCGAGAGCGAGCGCGGGAGCGAGAGCGAGAGCGAGGAAGAUGUCGAAGGAGGGAGCGACGACGAGGGGUCCGAGUCAGAAAGCGAAGAGGAGGAGGCGCAAGCCGUGAAGGCGCGGCGUACCGGUGGAUUCACCGACGAGAACGCGAAAUGGUUGAAACCGAGCUCGAAGAAGCGUGCGGAGGAAGAGAGCGACGACGAUGACUCUGAAAACGGCACCGAAGAUGAUUCCGAUGAUAGUGAACAAAGCGAGGACGAUGAGGAUCGAUCGGAGGACGACGACGAAUUUGCGGGGUUGGACGGGAACGACUCCGAAGACGACGGAGACAUGGAGCAGGACGAUUCGGAGGACGAUUCGGAGGACGAUUCGGAGUCAUCAAGCGAAGAUGAAUUGCUUCCAAUCGAGCGCAAGGCGCUUAAGGAAGAUGCGCGACGGGUGAAGGAGAAGGAGGAUGCGCGAGCGGAACAACUUGAAACGAACAUUCAGGACGACGACACAUACCACCUUCCCGACGAGGACGAUGACGACAGUGUUCCCGAUUUGAGUGCGAUUCAGAUGCGCAUUCAAGAGAUUGUCCGGGUUCUGAAGGAUUUUAAGAAUCGACGAGAGACUGGAAAGAGUCGCAACGAUUAUGUUGAGCGUCUCGUCGCCGACUUGGCGACGUACUACGGCUACAAUAGCUUCCUGAUUCGAUACUUUUUGGACACGUUUAGCGUCGAGGAAACGAUGGAACUUUUAGAGGCAAAUGAACAGCAGCGUCCGGUGACGAUAAGGACGAACACCCUCAAGGUAAGACGCCGUGAGCUCGCGGAGAGCUUGAUUAAUCGUGGCGUAAACCUCGACCCUGUGGGCAAAUGGAGUAAAGUUGGUCUGAUCGUCUAUGAUUCUCGAGUGCCGAUCGGGGCAACGCCCGAAUAUAUGGCUGGACAGUAUAUCUUGCAGUCGGCGUCCUCGUUUCUGCCGUGCAUGGCGCUUGCACCCCAGGAGGGUGAACGUGUGCUCGAUAUGGCAGCCGCACCGGGCGGCAAGACGACAUACCUGGCCGCGCUGAUGCGAAACACUGGGAUGAUUUUUGCAAACGAGUACCAGAAGAAACGUUUGACGUCUCUCGUUGCCAACUUGCAGCGCCUGGGUUGCACAAAUGCUAUCGUCUGCAACUACGACGGCCGCGCACUUCCCAAGGUGAUCGGUCACGUUGACCGCGUGUUGCUCGAUGCGCCGUGCUCAGGCACGGGUGUUAUCGCAAAGGAUAGUUCUGUGAAGACUGGCAAGAGUGCCGAAGACAUUGCGAAGUGCGCACAUCUUCAAAAGGAACUCCUUGUUGCUGCCAUUGAUUGCUGUGAUGCCAAUAGCAAGACUGGUGGCUACGUCGUCUACUCCACGUGCUCCAUAGCUGUGGAGGAAAAUGAAGCCGUCGUUGAUUAUAUUUUGCGCAAACGCGACGUCAAAAUCGUUUCUUCUGGACUUGAGUUCGGGAGAAAGGGCUUCACGAGCUAUCGUGGAAAGAAUUUCCAUCCUUCAGUCGAGCAUGCUCGCCGAUUUUACCCGCACGUGCACAACAUGGAUGGUUUCUUUGUGUGCAAGCUCAAAAAGCUGAGCAACAGAACCGUUCCGACGAGCAACGACACUUUCGAUGAAAAGCGCGCCGCACUCGAGAGUGGGUAUUUCGGUGGAGCUCACGAUGGCGAUGCGCGAGUAGACGACGCCAAUGCGGACGUGGCGUCUGAGAAGGACCAAGCAAUCGAAGCGAAGAAGCGAAAGCGCGUCCCGGGAUACGUCAAGGCUGCGCUCGCCGAGGUUGGAGCCGGUUCGGCAAAGAAGACAAAGACGGCGGUUUCAAGUCGUUCAUUGCCACCGGACAAGAAGAACGCAAAGAAGGAUAAAAAGUCCAAGGGAAAGAAGUGA